ACUAACAAAAUAAAAAGUAUUAGAGAUUAAAUUUAGGAUUAGUUGAAAUUAUCGUCGAUAGGUAUCCAAAUUCUGGACAACCUUUAUGGCUCGUACAUUGAGAAUCUGGAUGAUUAAUCAAAAGCCUUCUAUAGGAUUCUUUGAGCAUGUCUAUAAGUUUUUCUAAACUCAUUUUAACGAUUCAUGCAUCUUCUAAGACCCAUUAGACUCUCCCCAUAUAAUUGAAUCACUCUUUAAGCCACAUUUAUCAAAUCAUUUUGGAAAGAAUGUAAUUGUAAUGAAAUCUGAUUGAUGGACUAUAAAUUUUGUCAAAUUGUUACCUUUAAUUCCAUCUCUUGAGAGAGAAUAAUAAAUAUGUCAAAUUGAUAAAUUUUCAAUUAUAACGACAUAAUUAGCACAAAAGCCAAACAUAAGUAAACGACGACAUAGUAAUUAAACGAAUCCCACCAUUUUUAUUCUCAUUCAUAUAUUUACAAUUUCAAGGAACUACUAGAGUUGAGAGUGUUAGAGUGGAAUAUUUCUUUCAAUUAAAAGAAUAUCUGUUCAAUGCCACGAAGCAUGUGAAAGUGCAUAGGCAUUAUCCACGUGUACAACAAAGCCCUCCAUAUAAUCACACGUGCACAAUUUCUCCCUCUCGUCGCCUUAACUAUUUCACUCAGCUCUUCCCUUGCAAUCCAAAUUUCGAAGCAUCACAACAGAUGGCGGACCCCAAAGCCAGAGCUCAGCUCGCCGGAGCAAUGACCGCCACCGAAUCAUGGCUCAGAAAGCACCGUCUCAUAUACACCGGGGCCACACGCCAUCCUUUCAUUCUCACCAUUCGCGACGGCACCAUCGAUCUCUCCGCCUUCAAAACCUGGCUGGAACAGGAUUUCGGAUUUCUGAGAUCUUUCGCUGCGUUCGUCGGAAGUGUUUUAGUGAAAGCAUGGAAAGAAUCAGACGAUCGAGCAGACGAGGAAGUCAUUCUUGCAUGUUUAGCAGCUCUAAACGACGAAUUCGCAUGGUUUAAGAAAGAAUCCCUCAAACGCGACAUCAAUUUGUCUGAAGUCGUUCCUCAGAAUGCCACUGCCGGCUAUUCAAGGUUCUUAGAGAGUCUGAUGAGACCGGAGGUGGAAUACACGGUGGCGAUAACGGCCCUUUGGUUGAUAGAAGCGGUAUACCAUGAGAGCUUUGCGCACUGCUUAGAAGAAGGAACAAAAACGCCAUUGGAACUGAGAGAAGCUUGUGAAAGAUGGGGGAAUGAAGGAUUUGGGAGUUAUUGCAAUACAUUGAAGAAGAUUGCGGAUAGGAGAUUGGAAAUGGGGAGUGAGGAAGUUAGUAAAAAGGCAGAAGUAGGAUUCUUGAGAGUUCUCGAAUAUGAAGUUGAGUUUUGGAAUAUGGUCUGUCCACCGCACCGGACUGCUGCGGUGACGGAGGGUUCUACAUCAGAAAGAUGAUAAAUAAUGCUUAGAUACUACAUAUAUAUAUUUUGAGUAUUAAGUUCAAUAAUGUUGGCAUCUCAAUCUACUCCCUAGAUUAUCCUUCUUGUUA